ACGUCAUCAGGGUGCGACCUCGCCCGGCGGAUGAAGUGGCGCUGAGGCGGAGUUGUAAAAUGGCGUCUUUCUCCAAACUAGAGGAGUUGGACUUGACCCAGGAUGAAGUGGAACGCUUCUCCACAGCGUUUAAAGAUGAAAAGUUUAGAAAAAUGCUCUGUGAAUACGCGGAAGAAAUCUCCAAUCCGGAAAAUAAAAAAAAGUACGAAGAGGAAAUCAUUCAACUUGAAAAAGAGAGGGGCAUGGACGUUAAGUUCGUGCAUCCCAAACCAGGUUAUGUCCUAAAAACCAGCGUCAAUGGGGACCAGAAAUGUUUCAUCAACGUGUGCAGUAACGACUUGAUAAAUAAACCCGUUUGCAAAGCUGGAAAGGGUGCCAAUGGGACAGUGGGACAACAUUGGUCUCUUCCCUACAGUCUGGCGCCGGGGAGAGAAGAUCUGGGUAAAGAUGGCAGAAAACACAUGAUUUACGAUGUAGUGUUUCAUUCAGACACACUGUAUAUGGCGAAUAAAAACCAGAAGUUCAAAACAAUGGUAGAUCAAACUUCAGUUGAAGUGAUCGAGAAGCAACUAAAUGCCAAACUAGAUUUAAGAAAUGUUAAAACUUUAAAAGCAAAAUACAAGGGAAUGCCUGAGGCUGCUGUCAUUCGAAAACCUAUUCCUGGUGUUCCCAAGGAACCUCCAGAUGAAGAUGACCCUUUACGGUUUCCUUACCCCUAUGGUUCCCCAAAGUCAGAAAUGGCCUCUGGAAAUGGCACAAAACCUAAAACAACAAGCAAAAGUUCAAAAUCUGCUGUGAAGGACAAGAAUACAAAAACACAAGACAGCAAGUUGACUCAACCCAAAUAUGCCAUUAUUCACAGGUCACAUGUUGAUUUGCAAGAUUAUCGAUACGCUCGUGAAGCUGCUCCCAGCACUAGACCUAAAGAACUGGUGAUUACUAUUGACCUCCCUUUGCUUAAGUCUGCUGAGAAUGCUUGUUUAGAUGUAAAUGAGCAAGUUUUAAGUUUGGAGUCACAGAAACCGGCUUACAAGCUUAAUUUAAAUCUACCUUAUCCAGUAGAUGAAAAUCUGGGGUCAGCUACAUUUAACAAAUCGAAGAGACAGCUUGUGGUUACUUUGCCUGUGCUACGUCUGAAGCAAACCCUAGAAAUUGGACAGUUUUCUGCUGGUGAUUUUGAACAAUCAGGGAAUGAGUCCACAGAGAGUGGCCAAUCAUUUUGUGAAUCAGAAUUUUAUGAGCUUGAAAGACAUUCACCUCAUCAAAAUGGAGAGCGUUUUGGUGCUUGUGUGAAUCCAGAAAGUGAAUUUGAACUUAGCACCUUACAAGAUUCCAAUUUGGAGCAAUCUGAGAACGAUGAACACCUGAAACUGAGCCAAAGCAAAACUCUUACAGAGUCAGUCGCUAAAGAGACUGCAUUAGUUUCAAAUAAUACUUCAGUGAAACCAAAUGACGUAAUUGCUUUUUCCAAACUUGUUUCAGAGGUAGAUCCUGAAGAACAGGAAAACGUCACAAAUGCAAUGAGUGGUAAAGAAUCUCUUGGGUCUUUGGAAGAGGUAUGCAGUCGUUCUGCGGGUGAGGAAGUAGAUGAUUAUCUACAAUUAGAUUCCUCUGCAAACACAGCAUUCAACUUAGAUGACUAUUUAAAGAAAACAGAACCAGUAUGUCCUGACUUUCAUUACCAUCAAAACAAAGACGCUAUAACAUUCAUACUGCAAGUGCAAAAUAUUAAUGAAGAAAGCUUUAAGUCAGUACUUCAAACUCAUGAAUAUAGUGUUAUAUUUGGGACUCAGGAUUCUGAUGUCUUCUAUUCUUUGAGAGUUCAAUUUCCUCCAGAACAUCAGCUGGACACCACAGAAACAAUAGUUAAUAUAUCUAAAGACAAUGCUGCAGUUGUGUUAAUGAAAUCACCUGAGUGUCGAGGCUUGUGGCAAAGCUUUCAUGUUGGAGGUACAUGCAACUGUUUGCAGAAGAAACUAUUUGUAACUUCAGAAAAUAUCAAUCAAUUCUUGAGUACUACUUUGGAGGAUCCAGUCCCAAAUGAGCUAUCAGGAAAACAUCCUUUAAUUAGUGUGACGGAAAUCAGUGAAAGUGGUCUUGUUAUUCAUUCUAAGCAACAAGAGAGUGAGAAUACCAGUUCCCAUAGACUUUUCCUGAAGCCAGACAGAGUUAACUACAAUGAAGCUUGUAAUGCUGCAUCGAACAUUCAACCACAGACAGGAGAAAUUUACCCCUCUGAAUCUAUUGCAGAGGAUAACACAUUGGAAAAAGAGACAUCCUUAGCAAAUGAUGCUCCUGAGUCUGUGUCUAAUCACAAAGACCAGUUACUUAUGGCAGGAGAAGGAACAAAUAUAAAAGUUCCAAAUGACAUGGAUCAGUUGAUUGACCGUAACAGUUGGACUGCUGUUAAUGCAAGUAAACUUAGUGAGGUUAAAAUGAAAAGUGAGUCAAUUAUGUCACCCUCUCACAUAAGUACAAUAUAUGCUGACAAACCACAAUCUGUAAAUUGUAAAAAAUCAGUACAAUUUAAACAGUGUGUAGAAGUGGAUGAUGGUCAUGUACUUGAUGAAGAUGACCUUCCAAGUAACCAGAAGGAUGGGAACACUCCUAAGUUUAUUAUUACUACGGCUCCACUGCAAAUUCUUGAGGAAAUCAAUCCCAAUGACCAAAGUAUUAAGAUUAUAAGUGACCAUAAAACACAAUCUGCAUUCAAUUUUCAGAAUAUGGAAUUGUAUCAACUAGACUAAAGAAAUGUAUGAUAUGGUUAGAAAGGAAUCAUUAACUUUAUUUACCUUAUUUAAGACUUCGCACUUCAGGGGUCUGAACAAACAAAGAUUGCGUCUUAACUUUAAACCUGUAAUACAUUGUAGUAUAGGUUGGUUUGCAUUUUAAACUGCAUUCCAAAUCACAAAAUGAGUUUAAUUUUUGGUUAGCUGUUGGCCAUGUCAUAACAGCCGAACUGGCAAUUUCUAAGACAGUUUGUGAUUUAUAAUUAAGUCUGCAGACUUCUCAGGAACAGCUGAUUUUAAAUAGUUUCAGCUCUGUAUUUUUAUUUCUAUUUUGUUGAAUAUCUUGCAAUUAACUUUAUCUGGCAAGUCUACUAUAUAAUUUUAAUAAAGAAGUUAAAAAUUGUUAUAAUUUCUGCAUCUGGGUGGGAUAUUUCAAAUGCCAGAACUAAUUUAUAAUAAAACAAAUUAUUUUUGAA